AUGAUAAUUCUCUUAACGUCCACCGAGUUUCCACCGUCUGCCGUCAAUUGUCUCCAUCGACUCAUGGCCGAGUUGACUCAGGCCGAUGCUGUUUACUCGCCUCAGCCGCUUCAAGUGUGGAAGACUUUGGUGAACUGGCUCGCGUUUUUCUAUCAGAUCUUCCUUCAGAUCCUCCGUGCCGUCGGCUACCAUCCUCUUCUCUCCUCCUCUGCUAAAGCCGCCGCCGAUGGUUUUAAACCUUUACCGGCCAUCGAGUUACACGAUAGGGCGGCGGAAUCUCCCACCACCGUAGUUCUGGACUUGGACGAGACGUUAGUGUGUGCAUAUGAGACGUCAAGUUUACCUGCUGCUUUACGGAACCAAGCCAUUGACGCCGGGUUAAAGUGGUUCGAGCUUGAGUGCUUGUCAUCAGACAAGGAAUGUGAUGGGAAACCUAAGAUCAAUUACGUCACGGUGUUUGAGCGUCCAGGAUUGCACGAGUUCUUAGAGAAACUCAGCCAUUUUGCAGAUCUUGUUCUGUUUACAGCUGGUCUUGAAGGAUACGCUAGACCGCUUGUGGACCGAAUAGAUACCAGGAAAGUACUCAGCAACCGACUUUAUCGACCUUCGACAGUCAGCACGCAAUACCGAGAUCACGUGAAGGAUCUGUUCAGCAUAUCAGAGAACAUGUUUAGGACAGUGAUCGUUGACAACAAUCCUUUCAGCUUUUUGUUGCAACCAUCAAAUGGGAUUCCAUGUAUUGCGUUUUCCGCCGGGCAGCCUAAUGACACUCAGCUUUUGGACGUUAUUCUUCCACUUCUGAAGCAACUCUCAGAAGAAGAAGAUGUAAGACCGACGCUUUACGAUCGGUUCCGCAUGCCUGAAUGGUUUGAGAAGCAAGGUAUACCACCGUCGUGCUGGAAUACUUAACCGGUUAAGCGGAAAGUAAUGGCGAAACCCGAAAUAUAUCAGAAAUCUCCGGUCCACACACAAAAAGGGUUAAGGGAUUGUUUGGUUUGGGUACAGUAGUUUCAGCAAUGGCAAACCUGAGGAGAAAGGAAGACACAGAAACUACCAUUCGUAUUGUUUAUAUAUUCUGGUAGAUUACUUUUAAAAGAUAAAAAUCGGUUACACAUUCUUGGUUUCAUGUAAUUCUUCUAGCUUUCUCUGUAAUUUUGUUAAUGAUCAAUCAUUAUUUUUUCUUUUUCGGUGGGCUCGGUUUGCAUAUACAAACGCAGUUAUUAAACCGAAGUAGAAACUGUGUGUCAUAAAUAAAAUAAACAAACGUUGGAUCAUAUAAAUUGUAUUCCCUCCGUUUUUUUAAUAUAAAAUGUUUUAAGACU